AUGGCUAUGCGAGCAGGUAUCGUUCCCAUUGGAACUGAAGGGCAUCGGUACGAGUUGUUUCCCUUGGUCGCGUGGAUCGGUUUGUUCUGGGGAUCCUACGAUCCCACGCGUCCAAACUUUGACGGCUUCGUGCAGAACUGGGUCCUCCCUGGAAACACCUUUGCUCAGCUUGGCCGAAGCCUUGUUCUCCUUUGCGAGUCCAUUUAUGUCCUUGCACGGAACCACAUCGAUGAACAUGGUAUUCACGCUGGGAAUCGCAAAUCUGGCGGAACGUGA